AAUCUGACCUGAAAGAUGUCGUCCUUGUACCAUCACCUGCUGUGGAGGUCGUUGACCCUAUUAUGAGCAAGAUGGCUGUCGCAUGGUGAAAAUUUCAGACGUGUUGACUAUAAUCUUUCAAUUGGACACUCGUCCUGCAUUGUUGUGGAGGAAGAAUGGGAAAGAACAAGAAGAAAGGAGCAGGCGUGACUGCCUCCCCCCAGGAGCAGAUGGUUCUGACCGUGUCGGACAUCGUCAAACAGCUGAUCGAGGCUCAUGAGCAGGGAAAGGAUGUCAAUCUCAAUAGAAUUAAGAGCCUGACAGCGAGGAAGUAUGGUCUUCCCAACCAGCCCCGUCUGGUGGACAUCAUCGCGGGAGUCCCGCCAGCGUACAAGAAGGUUCUGUACCCCAAACUCAAGGCCAAACCUGUCCGAACAGCCAGCGGGAUUGCUGUUGUUGCAGUUAUGUGCAAACCCCACAGGUGUCCCCACAUCAACAUGACAGGAAACAUCUGUGUGUAUUGUCCAGGAGGACCAGACUCUGACUUUGAAUAUUCUACUCAGUCUUACACAGGGUAUGAGCCCACGUCGAUGCGAGCCAUCCGUGCCAGAUACGACCCCUUUCUACAGACCAGACACAGGGUGGAGCAGUUGAAGCAGCUAGGCCACAGCGUGGAUAAGGUAGAGUUUAUCGUGAUGGGGGGAACGUUCAUGGCGCUGGGGGAGGAUUACAGGGACUACUUCAUCAGGAACCUGCACGACGCCCUGUCUGGACACACCAGCAACACUGUGGACGAGGCUGUCAAGUACUCUGAGAAGAGCCACACCAAGUGUAUAGGGAUCACCAUAGAGACCAGGCCUGACUACUGUCUGAAGAGACACCUGAGCUCCAUGCUGUCAUACGGCUGCACCAGGCUGGAGAUAGGAGUACAGAGUGUGUAUGAGGAUGUGGCCAGGGACACUAACAGAGGCCACACGGUGAAGGCAGUGUGCGAGUCCUUCCACAUGUCCAAGGACGCAGGGUUCAAGGUCGUAUGUCACAUGAUGCCGGACCUUCCCAACGUGGGACUGGAGAGGGACAUAGAACAGUUUAUUGAGCUGUUUGAGAACCCAGCCUUCCGUCCGGACGGUAUGAAGAUCUACCCCACCCUGGUGAUCCGUGGUACGGGGCUGUACGAGCUGUGGAAGACUGGCAGGUACAAGAGUUACCCCCCCAGUACCCUGGUGGACCUCAUCGCAAGGAUCCUGGCCCUGGUGCCACCAUGGACUAGGAUCUACAGAGUACAGAGAGACAUCCCCAUGCCGCUGGUGACAUCUGGAGUGGAACACGGGAACCUACGAGAACUGGCCCUGGCACGCAUGAAGGAUCUGGGAACUCAGUGCCGGGAUGUGAGAACAAGGGAAGUUGGUAUACAGGAAAUCCACCACAAGGUUCGACCAUAUGAGGUUGAGCUGAUCAGGAGAGACUAUGUAGCUAACGGAGGUUGGGAGACGUUCCUGUCAUACGAGGACCCUGAGCAGGACAUCCUGAUUGGUCUACUCAGGCUGCGCAAGUGCUCGGAGGAAACGUUUCGGCCAGAGCUGAAGGGGGGAUGUUCCAUCGUCAGGGAGCUUCAUGUAUAUGGGAGUGUGGUACCUGUGAGCUCCAGGGACCCAGGGAAGUUCCAACAUCAGGGCUUUGGCAUGCUACUGAUGGAGGAAGCUGAGAGGAUAGCGAGAGAGGAGCACGGAGCAAACAAGAUCGCUGUCAUUUCUGGUGUUGGGACCAGAAACUACUACCGGAAGAUAGGCUAUGAACUGGAGGGGCCGUACAUGGUCAAAAAGCUCUGAGGACUAUCAUGGACUUACUGUUGUACAGAGUGUAGUCAGGAUGAAGACCUUAUGUAACCUUGUAAGGUAUAUCUGUAUGUAUUCGUGUCCCAAGCACAUCGUAUGGCAUCUGUAAUAUACAGUCAAGUGUGAAGGACGUUUGGCUCUACUUGAUAUACUUUCAGUACCCAGGUCAGGGCAAGUCAGGUAUGACAGUUUAGG